AUGCAAAGCCCAAGUUGAAGCGGCAGCGCAGCCGGCGCAGAGCGGCAGAAAUCGCUCAUAAAGGGGGGUAACAUUUAUAUUCCAAACUUAGUUUGAACUCAGAGCGUGCGGCGAGCGGUCUAACCGGCAUUUGUAGUUUUUUUCGGUUCGGUUCGGUUUGCUUCAAUUCGAUUCGUUUCUAAGGCAGACGACACAGACACCUUUUUCGGUUUCCUCGAAUUGACGAAAGAUGCAAGGGAACAUAAUGGAACCACGUGUGUGUUAAUAUAGCCUAUCUGUUUUACAAUAUACUACAGCCCCAUGCGACAAAUGUGUCUGUGUUUGUGUGUACUGAAGAGCACUGUAAAAGUUGAAGAGCCGAACAAAACAGAACUGAAAACGGAAAACAACAGAGAAAACCAUGUGGACUGAAACGAACUGAACUGUUUUCGAAGCUCCACAUCACCACAAAGAGUGCGCUGAUAAAAAACAAAAAAAAAAAAAAAAAAAAAAAAAAAACGCGAGAAAAUUACAAGAAAACCCCGAUAAAAGCAAUGGACUUAUGUACAUAGAAACCAACCACAGUAAAUCGGAAAAGUUACCUUAAACAAAAAUUAUAAAUCAUAAAGGGUUUUUUUUGCUUGCCCAUACAACUCAUCACAUAUAUCCUGAAAAAAUGGCGCGCGUUCAGGCCAGCGACACAUUGAUUCCCCGCCAGGUGUUCGAGGUUCCUCCGGCGGAACCGAACAACUCCACGGCGGACAGCGGCAGCCAGGGCUCCGGGGUGAGGAUGAAGAAACAGAUCGGCCUGCUCGACGGAGUGGCUAUCAUCGUGGGCGUGAUCGUGGGCUCCGGCAUCUUCGUCAGCCCCAAAGGAGUGCUCAUGUACUCCGGCUCCAUCGGACAGUCCCUCAUCGUCUGGGUCCUCUGCGGCGUGCUCAGCAUGGUGGGAGCCCUAUGCUACGCGGAACUGGGCACGAUGAUACCCAAGUCGGGCGGAGAUUACGCCUAUAUAGGCACUGCAUUUGGCCCCCUGCCUGCGUUUCUUUAUCUAUGGGUGGCCCUGCUGAUUCUGGUGCCCACGGGUAACGCCAUCACGGCACUGACCUUCGCCCAGUAUCUGCUGAAACCUUUCUGGCCCUCCUGCGAGGCGCCCAUCGAAGCGGUGCAGCUGCUGGCGGCUGCCAUGAUAUGUGUGCUGACGCUUAUCAACUGCUACAACGUUAAGUGGGUGACACGUGUGACGGACAUCUUCACGGGCACCAAGGUGGUGGCUCUGCUGGUGAUUGUCGGCGCCGGAGUCUGGUGGCUGUUGAAUGGCAACACGGAGCACUGGGAGCAGCCGUUCGCUGGAGGCGUUAAGGACGCCGGCUUCAUAGCUCUGGCCUUCUAUAGCGGCCUCUUUUCGUACUCCGGAUGGAACUAUCUGAACUUCGUUACCGAGGAGCUCAAGGAUCCGUACCGCAAUCUUCCAAAGGCCAUUUGCAUCUCCAUGCCGGUGGUCACCAUCAUCUAUAUGAUCACGAACAUUGCAUACUUUUCGGUGCUCUCUCCGGACGAGAUUCUAUCGUCGGAUGCAGUGGCCGUCACCUUUGGCGACAAGAUGCUGGGCUUUCUGUCCUGGAUAAUGCCAUUCGCGGUGGCCUGCUCCACUUUCGGAUCCCUUAAUGGAGCCAUCUUCGCCUCCUCGCGACUCUUCUUCGUGGGUGCCAGAAAUGGUCACCUGCCAGCAGCCAUUUCGCUGAUCAACGUCAAUUGCCUGACGCCUGUGCCGUCGCUGAUAUUCCUGGGCGUACUUACCCUGCUGCUGCUGUUUAUCAAGGACACCUAUGUCCUGAUCAACUACGUCAGCUACGUGGAGGCGCUGUUUACACUGAUCUCGGUAUCCGGACUACUGUGGCUGCGCUACAAGCAGCCCAAGACGGAGCGACCCAUCAGAGUCAGUUUGGCACUGCCCAUAAUUUAUCUGAUCGUCUGCUUGUUCCUGGUGAUCUCCUCGUGCUCGCAGUCGCCUUACGAAGUGGGAAUUGGCACGAUCAUCAUACUGUCUGGUAUUCCUGUCUACUAUCUGACCAUUCACAAUCCAGUUAAAUGGCUGGCGGACACUUCGCAGACCAUCAACCUGUGGUGCUCCAAGUUCUUCAUCUGUAUGCCAAACCAGGAGAAGUUCGACUAGGAUUGGAGGACUCUGCGAUUUAGUUGGGGGAGUGCCUUUUGUAGAUGUAUGGAUUAACACAGCUAUCGAAGGAAAUAUCUUGUAGUUAGCCUAAGUCUCAGUUUACGAAUAAGAUAGUUAGCUACGCGAAAUUUGGAAACCUACGCACAACAUUACAAAAGUGUUAUUGUAAAUAACUCAAAUGCAUUCUGGUGGGGAAGUCCCCUGCUCAAUUUAUUAUUAUGAUUAUUUGCUAAUAUUAUUACUAUUGUAUAUUUCACCCAAAAAAAUAGUUCCUCGUCAAAAGCAGAAAUUGAGACACACGAAGCAUGUCUAUCAUACAAAAUGCGAACCAAUUUUUAUAUAUUAUACAAGUAAUUAAGAGCUUAUUUAGUAAUUAAUAAUUAUUAUUGAGCAUAUAUUGCGACAUGUAUAAAAUCGAAUUUGUUUUGUAUAAGAAAGUUAAUAAUAAAACAAUAUUAUCUUAAAA